AUGGUAGCCAUGGGCCCAGGCAGUGACAAAGAAGCCGUGACGAACGUCAAAGAAGCGCCAGUCAGUCCCAGCGAGAGCCUGGAACUGGACGCAGCAUGGACCUACCUCAACGAGCAUCGAAAUACCAGCGCCGCUGCCGAUCUGGAAACCGUUGACCUCUCCUCACUUCGGAGGAAAAUCGACUGGCACAUUGUCCCUCUUAUGUUCCUCUGCUACACCUUGCAGUUUCUCGACAAGUACGCCGCAGUAAUGGGUCUCCCUGCCGACCUACACCUCAAAGGCAACCAAUUCUCCAACAUAGCCACCUUCCUCUUCGUCGGCCUGUUGUGUUUCGAGGUCCCCAACGUCUACCUCCUCCAACGUCUGCCCUCCGCCAAAUGGCUCGGCGCCAACGUCACCCUCUGGGGCAUCGCCACCGCCUGCGGCGCCGCUGCGCACUCCUACCACACCAUUUUGGUGUCUCGCGUGUUCUUGGGCAUCUUCGAAGCUACCAUCGGUCCUUCCCUCAUGCUCAUUAGCAGCCAGUGGUACACCAAAUCGGAAGCUGCUCCUCGCUUCUCAUUUUGGUAUUUGGGCUUAGGCGUAGGGCAGAUUGUCGGCGGAUUGGUGUCAUUUGGGUUCCAGCAUAUUGUGCCCAGCGAGGGGAGACUGGCGGGGUGGAGGAUCAUGUUCGUUGUGUUGGGGGUGAUCACGGUUGUGGUUGGGUUGGCGGUAAUUCUGGUGUUGCCAGAUACCCCAAUGAAGGCGAAGUGGUUGAGCGAGAGGGAGAAGGUGGCGCUUUUGAGGCAUGUCAGUGUUAACCAGACGGGGAUCGAGAAUACGAAGAGGGGGUUUAGAUUGAAGGAAGUGGUGGAGGCGGUGAUGGAUAUGCAGGUUUGGUUAUUGUUGCUUUCGGUUGUGUUGCUUUCGGUGUCGAGCGGUGUGGUGACGACAUACUCGGCCACUCUUAUUCGUAAUCUCGGGUAUGCUCCGAAGAAGGCUGCGCUGAUGAAUACGCCCUCGGGAGCUGUCAGCAUCUUUUUUACGCUGUUCGUCGGCUAUGGCAUCCGCAAGCAGUCGCAUCGUUGGGCGUGGAUCAUUGCCUGCAUCAUUCCUGCCAUCCUAGGCGGCGCGCUAAUGUCCUUCCUCCCCACCACCAACCGCUCCGGCAUUCUCGCAGGCAUCUACCUCGUCAACGCUGUCGUUGCUCCCCUCCCCAUCUUCUACAACUGGACCGUAUCCAAUAUUGCCGGAACCACCAAGCGUGCUUUUGCCGCCGCCAUCAUCAGCGGGUCAUUUUCCUUGGGAAACAUUAUCGGUCCCCAGACUUUCAGAGCAAAGGAUGCGCCUGAGUAUAGACCUGCCAAGAUUGCAGUUAUGGCGACCCAGGCUGGGUGUGCGGUGACUACUUUUGGGCUGUUUUUGUGGUAUGUUUGGAGGAAUAAGACGAGGGAUGGGCAGAAAGAGGUGGAGAGUGGGGAAGUGGGUGAGUUUGGGGAGAAGGAGGCUUGGAGUGGGUUGACGGAUUGGGAGAAUAAGACGUUUCGGUCUGUGUACUGA